GAGGAGGAAGGCAGCUGCUUGCCUGCCCUCCUCGCAGCCUGAAAAGCAGCCGGCCACCGGUGCCCAUAUGGCCAGGAGCAAGGCCACCCUCUGCACAUGGCUGGGCUGCCCCGGGCUGCUGGGCUGCUUCUUGCUGGGCUUUCUUGCAGGAUGGUUUACAAAACCAACCGAAAAAACCCCCAACUCUUCAGAUGUCUAUCAAAACGUGCGACAGAAACUUGUGGCUGAAAUGAAACCAGAAAACAUCAAGCAAUUCCUUCGCUCGUUUACCAAGUUACCUCACCUCGCAGGAACAGAACAAAAUCUUCUUCUUGCCAAACAAAUUCAAGGCCAGUGGAAGGAAUUUGGACUGGAUUCAGCAGAACUUGUUCAUUAUGAUGUGCUUCUUUCAUACCCAAAUGAAACGCAGCCAAACUACAUCUCAGUAAUUGAUGAUCAAGGGAAUGAGAUUUUCAAUACAUCAUUGUUUGAGCCACCUCCACAGGGGUAUGAAAAUGUUACUGAUAUACUACCACCAUAUAAUGCUUUUUCAGCACAAGGAGUGCCAGAGGCAGAUCUGGUAUAUGUGAACUAUGGCCGUACUGAAGAUUUUUUUAAGCUGGAGCGUGAAAUGGGAAUUAACUGUACAGGAAAGAUUGUCAUUGCCAGAUACGGGAAGAUCUUCAGAGGAAACAAAGUUAAAAAUGCCAUAUUAGCAGGAGCCCAAGGGAUCAUACUUUAUUCCGACCCUGCUGACUACUGUGCCCCAGGAGUAGAUACUUAUCCAGAUGGCUGGAACCUUCCAGAUGGAGGAGCCCAGCGUGGGAAUGUGUUAAACCUGAAUGGAGCAGGGGACCCUCUAACACCAGGUUACCCUGCAAAAGAGUACGCUUUCAGGUAUAAAGUUAAUGAAGGUGUAGGAAUUCCCCAAAUCCCGGUUCAUCCCAUUGGAUAUCAUGAUGCAGAAGUAUUAUUACGUGCAAUGGGAGGACCCACAGCUCCAGACAGCAGCUGGAAGGGAAGUCUCAAUGUGUCUUACAACAUAGGGCCAGGAUUUGCAAACUCUUCUACAAGAAGAGUCAGAAUGCAUGUUCAUACAAACAAUAAAAUAACACGAAUUUGCAAUGUCAUUGGCAUCCUCAGAGGAGCUGUGGAACCAGACAGAUACAUUAUUUUAGGAGGUCAUAGAGACUCUUGGGUAUUUGGUGGUAUUGAUCCUACUACAGGUGCAGCUGUUCUGCAGGAAGUUGUACGAAGUUUUGGUAAAAUGAAGAUGGAAGGUUGGAGGCCUAAGCGAACUAUUAUUUUUGCUAGCUGGGAUGCAGAAGAAUUUGGGUUAUUGGGAUCCACAGAAUGGGCUGAGGAAAAUGCCAGAGUCCUCCAGGAACGGGCAGUUGCUUACAUCAACACAGAUUCUUCUAUAGAAGGUAACUACACAUUAAGAGUUGACUGCAGCCCUCUUCUCUACAAACUGGUGUAUAAUCUGACAAAAGAGAUUUUAAGCCCUGAUGAGGGUUAUGAAAAUAAAUCUCUCUAUGAGAGUUGGCUUGAAAAAGAUCCUGCAGCUGAAAAUAAUAGCUAUCCCAGAAUAAACAAACUAGGAUCAGGCAGUGAUUUUGAAGCUUACUUUCAGCGACUGGGAAUUACAUCAGGCAGAGUCCGUUAUACCAAGAAUAGGAAAGUAGACAAAUUCAGCAAUUAUCCUGUUUAUCACACUGUCUAUGAGACCUUUGAGCUAGUGGAAAAAUUUUAUGACCCCACCUUCAAGAAAGAGCUAACAAUUGCCCAGUUACGAGGGAAACUGGUUUAUGAACUGGCAGAUUCCCAGGUCAUUCCAUUCGACUGUAGAGAUUAUGGAGAAGCCUUAGAAGGAUAUAGCAGUAGAAUUUAUAGAUUGGCCAAGAAACAUGAAGAACAGCUGAAAUCUUACAAAGUGUCAUUUGAUCCUCUUUUUUCUGCUGUAGUGAAUUUCUCAAAGGCUGCUGCUGAAUUUCACAGGAGACUUGAGCAAGUUGACAAGAAAAAUCCAGUUGCAGUGCGAAUCAUGAAUGAUCAGCUGAUGUUUAUAGAAAGAGCUUUCAUUGAUCCUCUUGGCUUACCAGGAAGGAAGUUUUACAGACAUGUCAUCUUUGCUCCAAGCAGUCACAACAAGUAUGCUGGAGAGUCCUUCCCAGGGAUCUAUGAUGCCAUGUUUGAUAUUGAAAGCAAAGCAAAUCAGCAUGAAGCCUGGGAAGAAGUAAAGAGGCAGAUUUCCAUUGCAGCCUUCACUGUGCAGGCAGCAGCAGGGACUCUGAAAGAAGUAGCAUAGGAUGUUGGCUUCGAAAAGCUCAAACAGCAAAAUCUUAACUGCAGUGUAGUGAGGCUAUGACAGUGACCCCGUCCCUCCUGACUGCCUGCCGCGUCUGAGCUUCCACCUUCUGAAUGCACGGAAGCGUACUGGUAGUGUGAGCAGGAGAUCUGCAUAUCAAAGAACUCCCGAGCUAGAAAUUACUGCUUCUCUGAUACCGACAAAACUGUAGCUUUAAGAACAACCCUAGAUGAAAGCAAAUUUGGGGGCAGGGGGGGUGGGGAGAAGGAAGAAUCAGUUCCCAAUUGGCAUUUUCUGAAAGAUCUGCCAAUUUUGAGACCCAUUACUUUGGAUGUACUAUUACAAAACCAGUUAUUUGCUAAGCUAUCUGUAAAUCUUGCCCAUCACAGUGAUCAACAGCACACACUUAAAGAGAAAAAAUAUAACACUCUUCAGCACAUGUGUGUUUCUUGUUCUUAUAAUUACUUCCAUAAUAUAAGACACCAAAGGCUUCUCUGUAUUUUAGAAUCUAUUCUGCAGGACUGGUGAAUGUUCAUUAUACUGAUUUGCUUUCUUUUCCUGAAAAAAAUAAAAUACUGGCCCUCCUGCUGAUUGCCAAGGCAGUACCAGCCAUUCUUGAUAAUCAAAGAAAACAGCUGUCUAUAUGCAGAAACCCAAAAGCAUUUUCUUGGGCAGUGAGUGUCCAUGCCUCUGAAAGUCACUGUGCACCUCCCUCCCUUAUUUGCACUUUGGAAAAUAAAGGUUUUUGGAGGCUAUCCAAAAGCUAACAUCCCUGCUCCUUUUGGCACUUUCACGAAUCCCAAACCCAUGGCAGCUUUUGUUCCUAUUUUUUCCCAGGAGUUCUCUUUCAUGCAGAUGUCUUCUUCCAGUUAAGGGAGCUGGAGGACAUUGUCACUAUUGGCAUGGGUCUUCAGGUUAUUCUGUCUACAGAUAAGACCUAAAGAAAGUUUCCCAUCAUGAGCUGCUUUUACAUUCAAAGGGAGACUGAAAUGCAGGAGAAUGGUAAUCGUACAAAACUAUUUAAUUUGUAAAAAAAAUUAUUCUUGUUUCAUUGACCCUUUAAAUGUACUCCUCAUCUAUGUGCUUUACAACUAAUAAAAUUGCUAGAAUUUUAUUAAAUCACAUUCCACUUUGUGGGAGCUGAUAAUAACCAAUUUCUUGUAUAAUAUACUACAGUUUUUCUCACAACUAUAAAUUGCACCAGGUUGUGGGAAUAAAAUCCUUUUAGUUUUAUGGGGAAUAGAACAGAUGUGGUACUUAAAAAGGCAGAAUUAGAGAAACAGUACAAUUACUAGGCUACAGAAGGAGUUGUUCUCAUCUCAGAUGCUUUGAAUUCAGUCAAGAGAACCAGAAAUGACCAUAGUUCAGUCCUUUGGGAAGUUGUUUUUGGGGUUAUAUGCCACCAAGAAGUGAGGCUUUCAGUGGUGUCACUUCCAAUAAGCCUUUCUGAAACACAAAGGACUGUGUACCUAUGGAUGUUGUGCUCGGAAUUUACUGCUAAAUUGCUUUUCACAGAUCAAGCCUUAGGCACAUAAGGAGGAAAUUACACUUCCACAGUUCAUGUUUUACCUCUUUUGUUGGCAAAAGUCGUGCCUAACUGACCUUGUCAGCAUGAACGUAAGAGACGUGAGUAGCCAGCGCUGAGGACACCAGAACAGUGACUACAUCUUUGUUGUUCCCUUCACUUCUACCUAACUGGAAGUUGCCCAUCUCCACAUCUGUAGCUUAAGGUGCUGCUGAAGGACAUGGUACCCUGUGAACAGUGACUGACAGGUAACUGCACUGGUUUUUCUUCCCUUUUCCUGAAUCACCUGCUCUUCAUGCUCCACCAUAGCUGCAUGUUAACUGCAAUGGGCAUCAGCUGCACGUGCCCCCAAGGAAGGGUUAGGAUGUCUGGAUGGUGGAAAAAGGCCACUAGUGCCUCUUGAAUGUGAAGAGCAGACAGCUUUGCAUCUGUCAGUGGUCACUGCUGUAGGAUCAUCAAAGGAUAAGGCAAACAAGUGAUUUCCACUUAAAAAGGAAGUAUCUGACAAAGCGUGCUUCCUCCUUCAUUUACAUAAAUCCCUUUAGCAGUAUAAAUAAGCCAGUGAACAAAUGUUUCACCAGUAAAUAUAUUUUUUCAGUGGUAGUUAGCCUUUGGAGUCCUGUGCCAUUACCUUGCUGCUGCAAAAGAACAUACUAUCUUUUUUUUUUUUUUGUUUCCAUGUGCAGUUUGAAGCUGCAAGAAUAAAUUACAGCUCACAUCAGGAUGAAUGCACAGCUGGCAUCGAUUGCUUUGUUCCUCUUCUCAACUUAACUGAUAAUUCCGUAUGAAUGUAUGAUUCGUCAUGACCUGCUGCAUCCUGAGAAGUACACAAAAUAGCUUAAAUGUAUUUCCAUUCCUCU